AUGAAGCGUAAUCAGGAUAUCGUUCGCUUUAGUGUAAGUUCGAGAUAUAUAAUUUAGAACAGUUAGACAGAAUACAACAACUAAUAAUGUGUUUUUGUACAGAGAGACUACGGGUAACAUGCCUCCACUAACAGUCAUCUUCCACUAUCUCAACCUGGAUAAACAAACUCCCGCAAGGUGCAGCAGAUACCUUAGAAUAAACUCCGGUAGUGACGCGCGCCUUGGACGAUAGUGAAGCCGUCUCCCAGGUGUGUCAGGUGGAGGUACAACAGUCGACGAAUUCCUCUUCCUGGUCGUCACUGAGGACACAAGUGGCCAUGGCUGGUCGGUCUGCCUCUCCUUACAGUCGCCUGAGUUACUAAGAUGAUGAUCUUUAUCGUGCUGGUGCUUCCCUCAUCCGGUCUCCCCUCAUCUUCGAUUCUCUCAUACGUGUUCCUCUCCUGCGUGCUUCUCCUGCCGGGGAUCUUGGGCGCUGGUCACCCUAUUGAUUCCUCGAGAUUCAUGAUUCCCCCCAGCAGAAGGUCACAUGGGUUCCCUUACAAGUCCGUGGGUGAUUCUGACGUCCGCCAGGGGGCCACCUACAACUAUAUGUUCGCCAGAAAGCCACCACAACACCCACUCUCUCUGACGCCCACAACAUACUCUCCCGACGCGCCCAAACCUAAGGCUCCCACGCCCACGACGCUGACGAGUCCCUACAAGCGUCUCCGCCACACCAACAGCAGCUUAAGAACAGCGGGUGAGGUCAGAAUUAUACGUCAAGAACGUCACCGAAAAUCAAGAGUCCGCGGCGAGUUGUUUCUCCCUGAAGCUUCACUGAAUCUCUCCAGGUACUCGAGAUUUGCUGUUUAUUCGGAAUAUUCAGAAGUUCCCGCUGUUCUGGAUUCCUCGAGUGUCAGGUCCCACUCGCUGAAGUCUGUGAGCGGUCCUGAUAAGCCGUCCGUCACCAGUAUAAGAGAUGCCUCUGAAUCACCUCUCUGGGGGGACAGAUCAGCCGACAGCAAUAGUAGACUCGGUAAAGUUGUGACGACGGAGAGGACGGGCAGUGACCUCGCCUCGCCUGAAGAACACCCGACAAAGAGCAGAGGCAGCGAAGUACAGCUCAACAAAGAGAAUUCUGAAAAAUACCUCUCAGAACCGAACAGAAAUAUACGGGGCUUGGACAGCGAUGGCAGAGAGCACUUAACACCCCAACUAAGGAGCGGUGAAGAGGUGAAUUUUGAUUUACUUAACCAAAAGAAUUUACAUGACAGUGAAAUAACGGUAGCGAUUAGACACGGCAUUGUGAAUUCCCUAAAACGUAAUAAUGUUAGGGUAGCUGAGAGUAGUGACAAACAGAGUGAGAGAACAGUAGACAAUGGUGAUUUUAUCUCCUCUGUCGGUAGAACACACAAGCACAUUGAUAAGAAAGCAAAAGGUGAAGUUAACUCAGACGUGACGAGAAAAAGUAAAAGUCACAACUCCUUCUCGGAAACUCGUGAUGAUAAAGUCGACAGUGAGGUCUUAAUGAACACAGUGUUGACCAGGGUACCGGAGGAGGACAGUUCCAGUGGUGAGAGUCAGGACACACACAAACCUCCUCACGUGAGAGGAAAGGAACACGACAGGCGUUCAAUAAAUGGACCGCCUGAGACAAGGAAGGUGAUGUCUGUGUCUGGUAAUUCCUACGAGAGAGAGAGAGAAAGAGGCGAAAACGAGGAAGUUAUUACAUAUAUGGAUAGAGAGGAAGAAAUAAGCAAAAAAAAGAUGACAAGAGAAACAAAAACAGAAGAGAACAAUGAACAUCAAAACGAGAAGAGGUUCGUGAACGCCAUCGUCGCGGGCACCAUAGAGAACAGUACAACUCUACAACUCCCCAUUUGGGUUUCAACUUAUCUCCCCAAUUCCGGGUUUAGGGAUUUCCACGUCUCUCCAUUUAACCCUGAUCAGGGGUUCGACAGCCUAGAACAAGCCAAUGUGGACCCCUUACGACGUUAUCAGGCAGGUGCUAAUCCCACAGUCCACACAGGUGAGGUCGGUAUUGACAUAACCAAUUGGCUAGAAGGUCAAGUCGUGUCACCGCCCCUCGUCCAGUCUAUGACUGACGCUGACGCCACACUCCUUGACACCCGCGGGGAAUUACACACAAGGCGGAGGUCCCCAACACCAACUACUGACGUGAGAAAGAACGAAGGUGAGGCAGUAGAGGAGGAGAAUAACAAUGGUAUAAAUGACGAAGAAAGAAGAUCAAUACCGACAUGGGAGAAGGCUACCCCCGUCGACGAACACACAGAGAUAAUUGUUGAGAACCUGGAGGCUGACUCUCAUAUGGACAUCAAUAAGGAACAAAUAGUGAGUAACGACGCCCAACUGACGAGACACAACAGACUACAUUACAUAUAUAAGAAGAACAAGAUAGAGAGAACUGCUGAUUUACUGAAAAUAAAAACACAGAAAGAUGACAAUAAUAUGAAUAAUGCAAGACGCGGUGAGUCACAAGAGCCAGCGACAGACGUGCAGAAUAUUCCACCUGAGCAUCACCCCAUGAUCCUGCACGAGGAGCCCCACGAAGGUGCUGUUGAGGACCCGGGGAGCAAGCACAGUAAAGGUACAAUCCCCAGCGUCAACAGAAGCACCAACAGGAGGAAGAGUCAGGCGUCCUCCGUGCCGUUACUAGACACGGAGGGAUCGGUGAGGAUCCCCUGCUACGUCAUCAUCUUCCUGCUGGGGGUGAUUGGCAACACCCUCGUCAUCGUCACACUCCUGCAGAACCGCAAGAUGAGGACCAUCACCAACGUCUUCCUCCUCAACCUGACUUUAUCUUCGGCCCAGUCAUGUGUCGCCUCAUCCCUUACUUUCAGGCUGUGUCGGUGUCUGUGUCGGUCUGGACGCUGGUGGCCAUCUCGCUGGAGAGGUAUUACGCCAUCUGCCAACCGCUGCGCUCCCGGGGAUGGCAAACCCUCUCACACGCCUACAAGAUCAUCAGCUUAGUGUGGCUCUUGUCCCUGGUGUUCAUGGCGCCUAUAGCUGCCCUGUCACAGCUUCUCCCCGUCGGCGAUACGAGUCGCCACAAGUGCAGAGAGAUGUGGCCGAGUCUUCACCUGGAGCGCGGGUUCAGCAUGUUCCUGGGGGCGGGGCUGCUGCUGGUGCCCCUCGUCAUCAUGGUUGCUGCCUACUCCUCCAUCACCAUCUCUCUAUGGCACGGCAUGAGACUUGAGCGGGAGACCGGCCAAGGUACCAGACCCUUAAUCUCCCUCACAGACCUCAACGGCUUGGCGAUGGUUCAACAGAGUCUGAGACGCAAACACUCCCGUCGUGUCUCCAAGAUCUCCAUAAGGUUCCGCAAGAUCCCGGCCCAGACGAGGACGUGUGAACACUGUUGUCAGCCAGAGAGCGUCGCCAUCCCAGAGGUCGUCGUCCACUCUCAUAAGUCCCCUACAGACCUCACCCACACCCCCUCCUCCAGUCAGGACGGUACCCACGUCUGCCUACACGGACGAGACUGCCAAAACUACAAGUGGCACGUGGAGUCGGUGCGGGAGAACGGGAACCUGGAGUCACCACACCGGAAAGAACCGAAGACGGGGUUCAAACGCCUCCGCAGUACCCACCUGGAGAAGAGCAUCGAGGCCAAGAAACAUGUGAUCAAGAUGCUGUUCGUGGUGGUGCUGGAGUUCUUCCUCUGCUGGACGCCCAUCUUCGUCGUUAACAUCAUGUGCCUCUACAUCCCCGAGCAGGUGUACCGAGUUCUAGGGUCCUUCGGGAUCUCCUUUAUGCACCUGCUCUCCUAUGCCUCCUCCUGCUGUAACCCCAUCACUUACUGCUUCAUGAACAAGAAGUUCCUGCAGGGUUUCAGGCACGCCUUCGGCUGUAGAAAGGAGAACGAGAGAAUGGGGAGGCUGAACGGGACGGCGGCCAGCUUCAGGAGCCAGAGUAACAACGCCUUCAAGUUGGCCAUGGAGAUAAAGAAAGAUACUCGCGAGACCACGGUGUGACGACCACGGUGUGACGACCACGGUGUGACGACC